UAGUAAUGUCAGCUUUUGGAAAUUGACAGAUGCCGGAUAUAAGUUUCAUUCUUAAAAAAUACAUAUUUUAGGAACAAACUUUGAAUACUUUCACAAAAGGGCUUGUUUCUUUGUUUAUUUAUUUGAGUUUUGUUUGCUUAACAUACAUUUUAUGUUAAAUUACUUUCUAUUAUAUUUUUUAAUUAAUGCAAUACGCUUCCAUAUCAAUUGAGUAAGGAACAAUAAAAAACUAUAUAUAUUAAUAUUUGUUGUAAAAAAAAAAAAAAAGUUUUACUUUGGUAAGCACUGAGCUCUUCCGGUUCCGUAGAGAGCCAUUUUGAUGAAACAGCGAGGAGCGGACAAUCUUGGAGCACCGACUUUAACCGUGUGGAUUUAAAGUGAAUAACCCCUUGGAUAAUUCUCGUUUUUCAUCGACUGAUGGUCAUCCCGGAUCAAAGUGGAUUCUUUUCUUCUGAUCGUGCGACGGAUGGAUUUUUUUCUUCCAGCUCGUUAGACAGCUAACCUGGGCAUCAGAGUUAGCGCAGCUCCGCGUCGGUCGUUAGCUUUUGUUAGGCCUUUGCUGUUUCAUAAUGUGUUAGCGCGUCUUCAUGUAGCAUGUUAGCCGUAGCCAUUUUAACACUUUGACGGAGCGGUUCAACUUAAUAGUAACAUUUUACAGUCGAAUUCUUGUUUUGGACUCACCGUGGAAUUUCAAUUCCAUUCUGGACUUUGUGGAGCUUUUUGUGUUGUCAACGUUUGGUAGAAGAUAACUGUAUCCGAUUAGCGAAACGUUAACACACGGACUGAUGCUUAGGAAGCUCAUGGUCCGCUGCUAGCUACACCAGCGGCUAGCCUCGCUGCGGCUUGAGCUCUCCUUCAAGGACAGGUUACCACGGACUCAUUUACACCCAUUUAACCCAAUACACUGUGCUGUAUGGACUUUCUUUGAUUUGUUUGCACUCUUCUGUGCUUUGUUGGACUUGAAAAGAAAAAAAAAAACUGGCGAGGUAGACUGUGCUUCUCAAUGGCACGUUGGCCUCACUCCUCCUUCAUUUUUCCAUGGCAUACAUAAAGACUGUCGUCCUCAACGGCCUUAAACUUACCCCAAUUUAAGCCAUUUCUUUGUUCAGAGUGUUUUCAACGAAUAUGAAGAAGGUUUACUGAUUAAAGUCACCAAAUCUAGCCUCCUGUGUUCAGUGUUGACACUGUUUUUGCUUUGUUAUAACAGGCCUUGAACUUUUUUUUCUCCCCCGCUUGUGCUUAUAAGUGAUAAGACCUGUAAACAUGUCGUGUGUUCACUAUAAAUUUUCUUCCAAACUGGAAUACAAUACUGUCACGUUCGACGGGCUGCACAUCACCCUCAGCGAGCUGAAAAGGCAGAUUAUGGCCCGCGAGCGCCUCAAGGCCACAGACUGCGACCUGCAGAUCACCAACGCGCAGACGCGAGAAGAGUACACGGACGAUGAGGCCCACAUCCCCAAACACUCUUCAGUGAUUGUCCGCCGCACUCCAAUUGGUGGAGUUAAGCCUGCUGGCAGGACGUUCAUUGUAGAUCGUUCUGACACAUCUGUGGUUGGAUCUUCUAGACCCACGGAUUCUUCUCCUUCUUUGUCUCUUGCCCAGCUUGCCAAGACCGCUAAUCUGGUUGAUGCAAAUGCGUCAGAGGAGGACAAGAUUAAAGCCAUGAUGACUCAAUCCAAUCAUGAUUAUGACCCAGCAAAUUACUCAAAGAAGGCAAUCGGACCCCCACCUGCUCACUAUACUUGCUAUCGUUGUGGAAAGGCGGGGCACUACAUUCGCCAAUGCCCUUUGCCUGUGGUGCAAGACAAAAGCGUGGAUGGUCCUAAACCAGUAAAAAUCAGCAAGGGCAUCCCUCAGAGCUUCAUGGUGAAAGCUGACCCCGGCACCAAGGGGGCCAUGUUGACCAGCACUGGAGAAUACGCCAUACCUGCCAUUGAUGCGGAGGCGUAUGCUCUAGGAAAAAAGGAGCGUCCUCCUUUCGUUCCACAUGAGCAAUCGUCGUCUGAGGAUGAUACUGACCCAAUCCCUGAUGAACUGCUGUGCCCUAUCUGCAACGAUCUGAUGACGGACGCUGUGGUUAUACCCUGCUGUGGAAACAGUUAUUGUGAUGAAUGUAUCCGAACUGCAUUGUUGGACUCAGAGGAGCACAUCUGCUUCACAUGCAAACAAUCUGACGUUUCCCCUGAUAAUCUGAUUGCCAACAAGUUUCUUCGACAGGCUGUGAACAACUUCAAGAAUGAGACAGGAUAUACCAAACACGGGCGCAAACAGGUCCAGCAGGCCGUCCUUCCCCCCCCACGUCCUCAGUUGGUCAGGCCUCUUCAUUCAAGGCAGCAGGACCCUCUGCUGGCUAACAUCUCUAAUCCACCUUCAACCAGUGCCCCCACAACAGCUCCCAAAAUGGAAAACCCACCCGUUGCUCCCCCUUCUUCGUUUACUCCUCCAACUCCAAGCCCACCUCCUGUAGAGGCGGUCUCUGAAGAGCCAAACGCCUCUCCGGUUCCUCCACCUGUGUCUGACCACCUGUCUCCGGUACACUCCAGCAGCCAGGGAGAACCACCCCCACCGGGUGAGGUUGAUGAGGUUGAUCCAGAGCCUCCAGUGAAACAAGAGCCUUCAGGAAAAUCUGAAUCACAGAGAUACAGUUUGCCAGUAAUUAGUCACCUCCCACCUUCAAGGCUACAUCAUUCAUCAGCACCAACAGGCCAUCAGUCACGACACAAUCAGUCCCACAGAGGUGGAGGCAGACACUGGAAUAGAAACAGAGGGGAGCAGACUUCAACUCACCUACAAACGCCUCUACCUCCUGUACCUGCUCCUCAAGUCUAUCCAUCUCCCCUGUACCCACCCCCAUCACAGCCGUAUCUACCUCCCUACAGCUCUGGGCCUGGCCUUAUUCCACCACCCAUUAUCAGUUACCAGCCCCAGCCAGUAUUUGCCCCUGGCCCUCCAGUGCUAAACCCUCCCUGGGUACCCCCUGGUGCUCAGCCCCCUCUUCUUCCUUUACCACCGUCUAUGGCCCAGCCUUUGCUUUCUAAGGAGGAUUUCUACAGACCAAGACACCACAGACAGGACAAAGCCACAUCCAAACUUGAUGAGUUUACUAAAGAUUUUCAUGAAGAGCUUAUCAAGUAUAGAAAUGCACCAAAAAGAAGAAGACCAUCUUACUCAAGGUCCAGGUCAUACAGUCGCUCUCCAUUCAGCCGUUCUCCUUAUUCUCGCUCUAGAUCAAGAUCUAGAUCCAGAUCAAGAUCCAGGUCUUACUCCUUUUCACCAAGUCGAUCACGUUCCCGUUCCCAUGGCCGAUCUUACACACGUUCCCCUUAUUCUAGACGAAACGGACGCAGUUAUGGACGCUCGAGGUCAAGGUCCCGCUCUCGCUCAAGGUCCUUUGGAUACCGGCGCUCCGGAUCACCACGCUCUCCCUUUCGAGCCUGGGAUGGAGCUGAAGGUGCUGGACCCUACCGGUCACGGUCACGCUCCCCCGGUGGCUUCCGAAGCCGCAGUCCUGGUGGACGAAGGCUGCCCCCCCGAGAGUUACUUCCUUAUGACCUCAAAGGGCACAGUCCCACAGGCCACGAUCGCUGGGAAAGAGAGCGGUACCGGCAAUGGGAGAAGGAGUACACAGACUGGUACAACAAAUACUACAAAGACUACGACACCCAGCAGCCAGCCAUGCACCACAGGAGCCACAGCAGCAGAGAUGGCGAGAGGGAGAAAAUGUCCUCAUCAAGAGAUUACUCGCCUCAAGGGAGGGGACGAAGAGGACGAGAUGAGAGAGGGGGUCCCCCUCAUUAUUUCCCAGCGUCAUCUUCAACGGGGAACAAGUCCAGCUCCAAAAUGAUGAAAUCAAAGAAAAUAAAAAGGAAAACGGGGGAGGAAGCGGAUGCAUCGCAUCACUCACUAGACAGAGGUGAUGCCACGCCUGUCAGAGAUGAGCCAAUGGACGAAAUGUCUUCACAAACUAAAACGCCUCCAAUCUCAUCCAAGCCUCCCGCUGGUGCAGCACCUUCUAAAGCUUCAGCAUCUAAAAGUACAGCCAUGCUUUCUAAACCCACCACCAAGUCUACUUCCAAGGCUGGGUCUGAUAAAUCGAAAAAAGAGAAGGGUUCAAAAGUUAAAGCUAAAGGUAAAACAGAGAGUGUGAAGGUGAGGAGCGAAGGCGUGAAGGUAAAGAAAAAGACAGCAGAGGGUGUGAUAACAAAAAAGAAGGAUUCCUCUUCCUCUGUCGUUAAACCGCUGAAGACCACCAAAGUCAAGCCAGAUGAUGCUUCCAGUUUGACUACUAAAAGGGAGAAGAGCAAAAUCUCUGUGCGGUCCACUGCAGCAAAGACUCCUCCAUUGUCGUCCCAGAACCCACCUUUUCCUUCACUUCACGAAGGCUCAAGAUCAGACCAUGACCUGCGGGGUAGGAGAGAUCCCCCUCAGAGUCUUCUUUCCCUCCCACAUCAACAUGGACUCCCACACCUCCCCCGCCCUAUGUCGCCAAUUGAUAAUCGAAGGAGGAUGGGAGAGGAUUGUCGCUCUUUACUCAGACCUCCUGGGAAGCUGAGAAGAAUAGAUGGUUUAGAGGCUGGAGUUGAUGUCCUCUCUCAUUCGCACCUUCCCCAUCAGUUGGCUCUCCACAGACUUCCAGCCCCCUCUGACAGACUGUCCAAUUUACCUCCCCUGCAAGUGAGUCGUGAUCUGGGCCGUGGUGAUUCCGAUCGAGCAACCAUUAGACCGUUGAUGGACAUUCCGAAACCAAUGAGGAGGAUCAAGUUGAACAGGGACCUGGGGAGAAGAGGUAGCACAGAAGCAACAUCCUUGGACAGAGCGCCAAUGGGUCUAGAAAGGACAACCAACUCCACUUUGGAUCGUUCUGCUGCUUCUAUUGUUUCUGAAGGAAACGGAGUCAAUCCAGCUGGAGAAAAUGGAAGAAAAGAGCCAUCAGCAUCUGCAGAAAGACCCUUGUCCAGAGACAGACCGGGAGCUGCAGGAGACAAACGCCACAGCUCAGACAUAGACCGAGAUAGGCUUUCUGCUUCUGAAAGAGAUCGAGAAAGACUGUCCACUUUAGAAAGAGAUCGAGAGAGACCUUCCACUUCUGAAAAAGAACGUGAUAGACCUUCCACUUUAGAAAGAGAUCGAGAGAGACCUUCCACUUCAGAGAGGGAUCGGGAUAGACCUUCCACUUCUGAAAAAGAUCGUGAUAGACCUUCCACUUUAGAAAGAGAUCGAGAGAGACCUUCCACUUCAGAGAGGGAUCGGGAUAGACCUUCCACUUUAGAAAGGGAUCGAGAGAGACCUGCCACUUCUGAAAAAGAUCGUGAUAGACCUUCCACUUCAGAGAGGGAUCGGGAUAGACCUACUUUGGAACGGGAUCGAGAGAGACCUUCCACUUCAGAAAAAGAUAGAGAUAGAUCGUCCACUUCAGAAAGGGAUAGAGACAGACCUUCUACUUCAGAAAAAGACAGGUCUUCCACUUCAGAAAGAGACCGAGAUAGACCCUCUGCUUCCGAAAGAGAUCGGGAUAGGUCUUCUACACUAGAAAGAGAUCGGGAAAAGCUGGCUGCGCCAGAAAGGGAUCGAGAUAGACUUUCUGCUUCCGGACGAGAUCGAGAAAGACCUUUCACUUCUGAAAGGGAGCGAGAACGACCCUCUGGUAUAGAAAGAGAUCAAGACAAACCUGUUUCAGAUCAAGAUAAAGCUUCUGCUUCAGAAAGAGGACGAGAUCGAUCCACUUCUGACAAAGAGCGACUUGUGGGGUCUGAUAAGGAAAGAGACAAGGUCUCUAGCACUGGCUUGGAGAAAGCAGCAGUGGACCGAGACAAAGAGGUCGAGAAGUCGACAAAGCCAGAUAAAAAGAACUCCAACAGUGGAAGUGGAGGAGGCAGGUCGGUCUGUUUGGAUAAGAUGACUAUCGGCGAGAAAUCUGCCAUAACCAGGAGGCUAUCUGACCAUCAGGAGAGACCUGGUGUGUCCUCUAAGGAGAGAGGGGAGAGCUCAGAGAAAGCUGCUAAAUCUGACAGGAGUACAUCCAGCGACAGAAUAGAGAGGAGUGGCAAACCAUCUGCUCCCGUCAGGGAAGGUGUGAAAGAUCGUCAGCAGACGUCUGUGAAGAGUAAACCAAGGAUCAGUCGAAAGGCUCUGUUGAGCCAUGCGGUCACUUCCACCAGGCCAAGCCAAGAAAAAAAGCCGAACUCUGAGAAGGAGCUGAAGAGCAUAGCCUCCAGACCAGUAAAGCCGCCCUCAUCCAGCCCUUCCAGCAGCCCAAGUGGCAGCCCGGACCUUAGCCCGACCAACCAGGAGCCGCUCAUUCAGCCUCCUCCUCGCUCUAAGUGGGAGAAAGAAGAUGAUGAAGAAGACGGCCAGGAAGAUGUUCUCCCCGCAACCAUCAAAGAGCCUUCUCCCAUAAAGCACAGGAGUCAGGUCAGAGAGCUGCUCCCUGAAGCAGCUAAACCCAUCAGGAGUGAAUACCGUGAGGUUUCAAGGGAGGAGAGGAGAGGAGUGGGAAGGGAGGACAAGAAAAGGAAAGCAGUGAGGGAUGAGGGUAAAGGUGUCCGGACUGCACAAACUGACUCCAGCAAGCAAGUCAAAGCCAAAGGUACCAAGGAUGAGGGCAGAGGGGCAAAGGAGGAGAAGAAAUCUUCAACAAGAGAGGAGGAAAGACGAGGAGAAAGAGAGGAAGGACGAGGAGUGACAGGGAAAGAGGAGAGAUCAUUGGAGACCAGAGUAGGACAAGAGGGGAGUCGCGGCCCAGAGCCCAGGCGACAGCGCCUAUGCUCCGACCUGACGCGGGAGACUGAUGAAGCGGCCUUUGUGCCCGAUUACAGCGAAGGCGAGGGCUCAGAGGCGGAGGGAGGGAAGAGCGGCGGCGGCAGCAUGAGCCCCUCUCUCAGCCAAGUGUCAGCCAGCCAGCCGUCCCGCAGCCCCACCAUGAGCAACCACAGUGGCUCGGCCACCACCACAGCCGACAAGAAGAAAAAGAAACACAAGAAACACAAAAAACACAAGAAGCACAAAAAACACAGCAGCCAGGACAAGGAGGGAGAGCCCAAAGCGCAUAAACACAAACACAAGAAAAAGAAACACAAAAAGAACAAAGACAAAGAGACGGAGGAGGAUGAAAAGAAGAUGGACAACGAAGAGGAAGUUCCUCCAUGCUAACACACAGAACUCUAUGACGGACAGCCGAAGAGGAUCUUUCUAGAAACGGUUCUGAUUCAUGUACUGACAGAAAAGAAGGUUUUAGUGUAUUUUACUUCUCGAUGGUUGGUUUGUCGCUGCUGCUAGCCGGCCUCGACCUUUGUUUUUUCCAGAAGUACAUCAGAACAACUGCUGAGGUCUUUGGUUUUUAAAGCGUCCUCUUUACUGACAGGCCUGUGAAAACUGCAGUGACGCUGUAAAGAGCUGUUCAGAAAGGAACUGAUCAGAACAACAAAUACUAAUAGGAAUAACAAACGCACUCAGGGAUACAAAUACUUCUUUCUAUGGGAGAAAUUCUCUUUUCUCCUUUGAUUUGUUUGUAAAUAGAAAUGAACUGUAGUUUUGCAGUUUCUCAUUAGUUGGCUUUGCACUCAUGUGUUUUAUAGAGCAUAAAUACUGAACAAAAUUUGCUCUAAGAGCCAUUUAAAUUUCUUUUUUUCCUCUUUUUGGAUACUGUAGUGGAAGUUGACAGGUAAAUGUGACUGAUCUACUUGGCAAAAUCCUCUGGUUCCAUAGGACAGUUUGAAAAUGUUUCUAAAUGAACGAUUAGAGCUAAAUAUUAAAAACACGACUGAUUUUGGUUUGUGGCGUUUGAGUAGACUUUCGUGUUUAUGCCAGACUGGAUUGUAAAAAGUCAAGGAUGUUCUUAUUUAAUAUUUUUGUUCCAGAUGUGUAAAUUUGUUGUACGUGUGUGUGUUCUAUGAUGUAAAAAUGGAGUCACUUGGAAAUGUGACUGGUUGGAGAGCAUUUCAUUUCAUGCAAAUGUUUUCUUUUAUUAAAAUGUACUGACCUUAUUAAUGUCUGAUGUGCGUUGUUUGAAUUCUGGUUGGGUAAUGACAUAAAUAAAAUUUAUAUACAGUAAAGAAAAAUAUUUGUCUUCUGUAUUAAUAAAAUCAAAGACAAAAAAAAAAAAAAA